AUGGCAACCGAAGAGUCGGUUCUCAAUUCCUUUUUACUCAAUAGUGAACUUGCAGAUAACUUAACUCUCAAACAAUUCAAUAACCUUUUUCCUAUAGCAUACAGAAAAAAUUCUCUUAUCAAAACUUUAUAUAGAGAAUUUCAAUUGGAACGUAAUAGAAUUAGAGAAACCAUAAAAGAAAAUAUAGUUGAAGAGUCUAUUGAAACUUUGGCUGUAGCCGAGAAACUAAUGUCACGUGAAAUCAAUAAAAUGAAUGAAGAUUGUAAAAGAUCCUUUGAAAAGAUCGAAAAUAUUAACAAUGAAUUGAAUGAUGUGGUAUAUGGUAGAAUUCCAAAAGGAGGUAUUGGUCAAGCCGAUGAUAUUGAGAGAUUGAAGGUAACCUUGCACGCUUGUUUUGUUGACACUGAUGAAUUUCAACCAAUGGAUGUUUAG